CUGGAAAAUGAAGAGCGGAGGCAGAUCAUGGAAUCUCUUACCGAAAAGCAUCAUGCAGAGAUGGAAAGUAAAGUAGCUACGGCUUUGAUGGAGUUUGAGACAAAGAUGGAGAAUUUCAGAAAAGAGCAUCAAAGAAAGGAGAUAUUUCUACUAGGAAGGGUCCAGGAGCUGGAGGAAGAGAUGGAAACAGUGAAGGGGUUGCUUGCAAAGUCAAAACAGGAGGAGAUGGAAAAGAAAUUGGCGGCAGAAAGAGAAUCAGAGAAAGGAGAGAAUUCUCGUAGGACGGGUACAGGAGCUGGAGGAAGAGAUGGAUAUAAUGGUGAGGAGUCUUGCGGAGUCAAAACAGGAGAUGGAAAACAAAUUGGCGACAGAGACCAAGUCCCGGGGACAUCUAGCAGAUAGGGUCUCUUGGCUGGAGUUUGAGAGGGACGCCUUGGCCGAGAGAGUUAAAGAGUUGAAGCAAAGACUUCCAAAAGCGGUUGGUGACGUGAACACGUGCAUUCCCGCGCUCCAGGAGUUUUCAAGGAAGGAUCUCCAGGUUGCUACGCAUGAUUUUGAUGUGAAGUGGAAUAAUUGUGGACACGGGGAUGAGCAUGAACAUUUGUAUUUCGGGAAACUAUGGGACAACAGUCUUGUUAUGGUAAAGAAGAUGAGAGACGUAAAUACGCAGGCAAUCCAUCGCGACAAGUUGAAGUCCGAGGUAGUGGAUAAGUUGAUAUUGCUCAGACAUCCCCAGAUGCUGAUCCCGCUAGGAGUCUGCUAUGAAGAUGGUUGUCUGGUUUAUGAGCAUAUGGCACAUGGAACAGUGAAAGAUUGGAUUGCAUGCACAAGACAAAGCACUUGGUAUACCCGCUUCCGCCUGAUGGCAGAGGUUGCUCGAGGCCUGUGCUUCCUUCAUUCAGAUCCAUUAGGCUCUGGUGGACCCAUAAUCCAUUCCGCCAUCAGACCAACAAACAUCUUCUUAGACGACAAGUUUGUCGCAAAGAUAGGUGAUGUCGAUCUCGCUCUGCUUGACUCAGAACCUGCCCAAGUAGUCGAGACGACACUCAAAGAGAAGAAGACCUCACGGGUGGUUGCAAAUCAUAACUCUCACUAUGUUGCUCCAGAGUAUUGGGAGUCCCAAGUUUUCAGUGAGGAAACAGAUAUCUUUGCCUUUGGCAUUACUCUGUUGGAGAUGCUGACUGGAAAUUUCACAAAUGCAUUUGAAGUCGUUGAGGAUGCCAUUGAAGAUGACAAUGCUUUUGAGAAUGCUCUGGAUCCCAAUGCAGGCUGUUGGGAUAUUGAUCUGGCGCGUAGAGUGGCAAGUUUGGGUUUGCGUUGCGCCAGCUACAACAGACGGAAGCGGCCGGACAUGGCAGCACCCAACACAGGCAUUCUAGCUAUACUGGAGGAAGUUGCAGGCAACGUAGAGCUUGCAGCGUCUAGGGAGGAUGAAUAGAGAAGUGGGGGUGUGCCCAUCUGACACAUAGAAGGCCAAGUGCAGGUCAGGCUGUAGUCCUUCAUUUGAUGUUGACGUGCAACAAAAGCAUCCAGUUUUU